UCGCUAUGUGCAUGCGUGUCUGUUUUCCUUCUCUGUGUAUUGGUUCAGCAUCUCGACUCUCCAUUGAAACGUUGUGAGACCCUUUGUCUCUGUAGGGGGAGGUGGGGCCGCUAGCAUACGCACAGCAAUAGAGUGGAGUCUUGUGAGGAGCAAUGCAAGGUUGUAGAAAUUAGGAGGAAAAAAGAUGGUUGCAAAGACAAAUGCUAUGGAGCCGAAUAUCCGACGUCCAACAUAAAAAUAACCUCACCACGGUACACCGCAGACAUGUCUGCAUGGCAGUGUUGCGUUUUCUUGUUCUUGCGGGUGGUGGGAGUCAAGUGGCAACCAGUUUUGAAGAGCAUUACCGCACCUACCAUAUUGGAGUGUGGCCCAGAGUUACGAAAGUUAUACAGCAACCGGAUCGGACGAAUCACGUGGCGGAAGCCGAUAUUAUCCAAGUGGAUACAGUGGAUCGGCAGCCGAUCCCGAUCCUGAAGAUCGGAUCGGGACAUCCCUAACUGUUACUAUAAAACAUAUAGCAUAUAUACAAUCUAACUGGUAAACUUUGAAACUAUUAUACUAAAUACUAAUGAUUUAGUAUUUCACAUUCACAGUUUCAAAGUUUACAGGUCAUCAAAAUAGUUUAUCAUUCGGUAAUUCACAGUUCAAAUCAGUAUAACAAUAAAAAUAAUUACACAUAAUUCGUCAAUAGUUGUGUACAUAAACUGAGUAUACCAGUGAAAAUAGUUAUGUAGCGUUCAUAAUUAUACAUACACCUUUAUUACAUCCAGUUAGCAUUUGCUAUAAAAACACUACUGUGCAAUACUGUAUACGAGACAUUAAAAGAAUUGUCUCAAUUUUUAACCGCAGGAUGGAUUAUCAAUAUGUACCUCAUUCGUCACCAUGCGUGCGGAGAAAACUGCACAAUACAUACCUGGAACGUAAUUGGUGCCGUGCCUGCGCGAGGACUAUGUCACUUCCUACUUUAGCAAAUUUUUACAACAGCGCUUCUGCGACCUCACAUGCUGUAGUAAUUAUUUUUUAAAUGUAUGAACAUAAAUGGUCAAUAACCAUACUUCAUAUAUAUAUAAUUUACUGAGAAGUUAUUUUAUAAGCGACUCUUGUUAAAAGACUUAGCAUGCAGAUGUUUCUAUCGUCUUAUGACAUCCACCAACACUGAGCUAUGUGAAAACUUGCGCAAUGCACGUAGCGCAGAUGCAAACGUCAUAUCCAGUUAGUAUAACAUAGACAAAUAAAUAGAAUAAAACACAUAAAAUGCAGUGUUAUUUCAGUGUAAACAACCAUAAGCAAAGUGCAAUGAUGGAUUAAUGUAGAGGAUUCAGCUAGAGCUUUUAUAACUAAGCGGAGAAAUACCAUCCACCCAAACAUAUCUUCCUAGCAAAUGCUUUUGUGUGUAUUUGCAGUGGCAAAAAAACCGUAAAAUAAUUUUAUGGAACAAAGAAAAGAGGGCUUAUAAAUUGUCCACUUGCACCAUGGAUAUUAUAUAAGAAAAAAGAUCGAUUAUGUUGUAAUUCCUCAAAUUUGUAUUUAUCUUAAUGUUUUUGAGAGUGGAGGAGGGCGUAUAUUGCUUGCUGCUGUAAAAUAGAUCGACGGAUGACAUGGAUUACACAUGCAUAACAUGUGAGUGCCGAAAAAGAGGUCGACCAGAUGUAGACGCGUUCUGCACAUGGGUAGAACCCAGUUGAACCGGGUACGUAUUGCGUAAUGACACUGCUCAUCACCGGGGAUGGCGUGCUCAAAUUGUUUGCUCGCGCUACGGCGUUUGAAACUACUACACUGAUUCCAUUAUUGGUUGUGCUAGUAACCAUCCACUCAGCGGUGAGUUAAACGUUUCUUUUAUCUUGUCUGAUUGUGCAGCAUCGCAAAUGGUGCCAUUUAAAAGCCCAUCAAGGUAACUGCUAAUUGACCAUAUCUGCAAACACGGUCGGCUUGACCCCUUUAAUGGCUGUAUUUGUAAAACUCAUGGAAGUUCAUAUUGUGGCCUAACAUGUUGCCAAAAGACGUAUUAAAAAUAACCUUUUGUUUGUUCGUUUUUCCUAUUUUAUGGUGGUUUAUGUUACUUUUUUAAUAUACGCCUAAGUAGCAUUGUAGUUUUUAAUUGGCUUUGUAACCCCAUGGAGUUUAAUGAAAUUUUUGUAACAAGAUUGAAUUGAAACAUUGAUAAUUAUCAUUCAAUGGUUAAUUGGAGACUCUAAAUUAUCCAUAGGUAUGAAUGUGUGUGUGAAUGGUUGUUUGUCUAUAUGUGCCCUGCGAUUGGCUGGCGACCAGUCCAGGGUGUACCCUGCCUGUUGCCCGAAGUCAGCUGGGAUAGGCUCCAGCAUACCACCGCAACCCUAAUGAGAAGCGGCAUAGAAAAUGAAUGGAUGGAUGGAUGUUUAUUGAAUUAUAUUAAUAUUUAAAGAUCACUUAUAAACUGAAACAUGAAUUUCUGAUCUUGUUCAAAGUGACUCAUAUUGAAUACAUUUAUAUUGAUAAUGCUGUACAAAAUAUAGCAUGAAUGAAAGUUAUUUGUUAUCAGUAACAAAAUGUUACCUGUUGAUUUAUAUAAUUGUGUCUUGACCUUGUGUAGGUCAGAUUUUUUCCCCCUGAACCCUUUGUGUGACAUUCCCUACCUGAUGACGAGCUACCAACACACCGCAUCGCAGAGUUAGAGUUCCUCGCAAUUUUCGCUUGUUGGAAGAGCUGGAAGAUGGCCAAAAGGGCGAAGGUGAUGGAACAGUGAGCUGGGGCCUGGAGAACGACGAGGACAUGACUUUCACGCUGUGGACCGCCAUGAUCAUUGGACCUGCCAGAACCAGUUACGAGAACAGGAUAUACAGCCUGAAAGUGGAAUGUGGCCCCAGAUAUCCAGAGACAGCCCCGACUGUUAGAUUUGUAACAAAAAUUAGCAUGAACGGGAUAAAUAAUUCCAACGGGAUGGUGGACUCGCGUAGCAUACCAGUGUUAGCAAAAUGGCAGAAUUCUUAUACCAUAAAAAUUGUUCUUCAAGAGUUAAGGCGUCUAAUGAUGUCCAAAGAAAAUAUGAAGCUUCCACAACCUCCAGAAGGACAAACCUACAGCACUUAAUCACAAUGGAUUGUUUUGACCCUGUGUUUUAAAAACCUUACGUAGAAAUAUAAUGUCCAAAAAACAACCAAGAAAAUCAAGAGGCUCACCUUGCACACCAACAAUGUUGUCUGCAAGAGCAGGAUUGGACUUUAUUGCCCGGCUCUUUCAAAAUAAAGCAACCUUGCUUUAGGGAGUAUCUACAACAAGAGCAAUUAUGCAGCGUUCAUUUUAACAACUAUUAUGUCCAAGCCAGCCUGAGUGGGCUUGAUGGGUGUGGAGCAUGAGGCCACACACGGUGGUAGCAUUGUGUACACCAGAGGGGGCAUGUUGUGUAACUCAUACCUUCUUUAAUUAAAGUCACAAAAGACGCCACCUUUUUUUUUUCUUUUUUUAAACAUGUAGGCGGCUCAGUAAUAAAGAACUGUGGCUCUGUAGUCUAAAAGUAGUGUCACGAGAUGAGAUUUUUUUUUAAUAUAUAUAUUAUAAAUAUAUAUGUAUUUGACACAAUACCAAUGUUUCUGUUCUCAAGCUCUUUGAUGUGUAAGAGACAUUGAAGCCUGUUCUGCUCUGGAAAAAAAUAAAGAAGAAAAAACCCUUGCAUUUAA